AUGUCAGAGCCGACACCGGCCGAGCCCGGUAUCCCAGGGGCCCGGGAGGACGCCUGUCGGGAUUAUCAGUCAUCCCUCGAAGACCUGACCUUCAAUAGCAAACCGCACAUCAAUAUGCUGACCAUUCUAGCCGAGGAGAACCUGCCCUUCGCCAAGGAGAUCUUCUCUCUCAUCGAGGCCCAAACCGCCAAGGCUCCUUCCUCAGAGAAGCUUCCUGUUAUGUACCUUAUGGAUUCUAGCGUGAAAAACGUUGGACGAGAGUAUCUCAUUACCUUUACUACAAAUCUAGUUGCAACAUUUAUUUGUGUGUUUGAAAAGGUGGAUGAAAAUACUAGAAAACGUUUAUUUAAAUUACGUUCCACAUGGGAUGAGAUAUUCCCAUUGAAGAAACUUUAUGCCCUGGAUGUCAGAGUCAAUUUAUUAGAUCCUGCUUGGCCUAUUAAACCUCUACCCCCCAAUGUGAAUACACCUAGCAUCCAUGUGAACCCUAAAUUUUUAAAUAAAUCGCCUGAAGAGCCUUCAACACCUGGCACAGUGGUCACUUCCCCUAGCAUCUCCACUCCUCCAAUGGUUCCUGAUAUACAAAAGAAUCUUACCCAAGAACCUAUAAGGCAGCAGCUACUUGCAAAACAAAAACAGUUAUUAGAACUUCAGCAGAAAAAGCUGGAGCUUGAACUAGAGCAGACUAAAGCACAACUGGCAGUUUCUCUUAGUGUUCAGCAGGAGACAUCCAACUUAGGUCCUGGAUCUGCACCAUCCAAAUUACAUGUUUCAUAAAUUCCCCCUAUGGAGGUUAAAACUCCCCAUCAGAUUCCUUUGCAACCUGAAAAAAGCCGUGCAGGUCCAUCCUUACAAAUUCAGGACUUGAAAGGAACAAACCGGGAUCCCCGUCUUAAUGGGAUAAGUCAGCAUUCUUCUCACGGAAAAGAUCAAAGUCACAGAAAAGAAUUCCCAAUGAAUACAUUAAACCAAUCUGAUAUUAAGACAAGUAAAACUAUAUCUUCUGAAAAACAAAAUUCAUCCAAACAAGGAAAAAGUAAAUCAGGUGAAAAAAUAACCAAGAAAGAACUUGACCAGUUAGAUUCUAAAUCUAAAUCUAAAUCACCUUUGAAAAACAAAUUCUCUCACACAAAAGACUUGAAAAAUCAAGAAUCUGAAUGCCCAAGGUUGUCUGACAUGAGUAGGAGAGAUCCAAGAUUAAAAAAACAUCUUCAAGAUAAGACUGAUAGCAAAGAUGAUAAUACAAAAGAGAAGAGAAAAACUUCAGAAAAAAAAGAUAAAGAUGAGCAUAUGAAAUCAUCUGAACAUAGUCUGGUUGGAAGUCAAAAUAAAAUCGUUAAUGGCAUUGUACAAAAACAAGAUGCAAUAACGGAAGACUCAGAAAAAUAGGGAAUAAAACCAGGGAGAUCAAGUACUAGAAAGCGAUCAAGAUCGAGAUCACCCAAGUCUCGGCCACCAAUUAUACAUUCUCCUAAGAGAAGAGAUAGGCGGUCACCCAAACAAAGGCAAAGGAGUAUGUCUCCAACCUCGACAGCCAAAGCUGGAAAGAUUCGCCAAUCUGGAGGUAAGCAGUCAUAUAUGGAAGACUUUGUGCCACCUUCCAGGGAAGAAAGAAAUGCUAAGAGAAGUACUAAACAGGAUGUUCGAGAUCCAAGGCGAAUAAAGAAGACUAAAGAGGAAUGACCGCAAGAAACUACAUGUCAAUGUUCUACAAAGGCAGGCACUGAACCAAAGGAGAAUGUAGAAAAUUGGUCAAGUUCCAAGUCUAACAAAAGAUGAAAAUCUGGUUGGGAAGAAAAUAAAAGCUUACAAGGUGACGACCAUAGUAAAUCUCCUCAUCUAAGGCAUAGGGAAAGCUGGUCAAGCACUAAAGGAAUUUUGUCACCUCGAGCCCCAAAGCAACAGCAUCGAUUAAGUGUAGAUGCCAAUCUUCAGAUUCCUAAAGCGUUAACUCUUGCCAGCAAAAGAGAAUUACUUCAAAAGAUGAGUGAAUGUUUAGCAUCUGGUGAAAUUACACAGGAUGAGUUCCUUGUUGGUGUGCAUCAAAUUCAACAACUAUUUCAGUAUCAAGAAGGUGUGCGAGAAGAGCAGAGGUCACCAUUCAAUGAUUGUUUUCCACUUAAGCGACCUAGAUAUGAAGAUGCAGAUAAACCAUUUGUAGAUAGCCCAGCAUCACGAUUCGCUGGCCUCAAUAUAAAUCAGCCUACAGCAUUAGCUGAAGACAGACCAUUAUUUGAUGGACCUAAUAGGCCAUCAGUGACAAGAGAUGGCCCAAACAAGAUGAUUUUUGAAGGACCUAAUAAAUUAAGCCCUGGAAUUGAUGGACCUCCUGCACCAGGUUCUCUUUGAUUUGAUGGGUCACCUGGACAAAUGGGGGAUGGUGGUCCUUUGAGAUUUGAAGGACCACAAGGUCAGCUAGGAGGCAGGUGUCCUUUGAGAUUUAAAGGUCCUCCAGGACCAGUAGGGACACUGCGGUUUGAAGGGCCAAUUGGUCAAGCAGGCAGAGGUGGUUUUCGGUUUGAAGGUUCCCCUGGUCUGAGGUUUGAGGGAUCUGCAGGUGGUCUACGAUUUGAAGGACCAGCGGGCCAGCCUGUGGGUGGGCUCAGGUUUGAGGGACAUUGGGGUCAACCUGUGGGAGGUCUGAGGUUUGAGGGACCUCAUGGUCAGCCUGUGGGUGGACUUAGAUUUGAUAAUCCCCGAGGUCAGCCUGUAAGUGGACAUAGAUUUGAGGGGGGUCAUGGUCCAUCAGGAGCUGCAAUUAGGUUUGAUGGACCUCAUGGUCAGCCAGCAGGUGGGAUCAGAUUUGAGGGCCCUUUGCUACAGCAGGGAGUUGGAAUGAGGUUUGAGGGCCCCCAUGGUCAGUCAGUAAUUGGUCUGAGGUUUGAAGGACAACAUAAUCAACUUGGUGGAAACCUUAGGUUUGAGGGUCCACAUGGUCAACCAGGGGUUGGGAUCAGGUUUGAGGGACCCUUAGUCCAACAAGGAGGUGGAAUGAGGUUUGAGGGUCCUGUACCAGGAGGUGGACUGAGAAUUGAAGGGCCUCUGGGUCAAGGUGGUCCAAGAUUUGAAGGUUGUCAUGCUUUAAGGUUUGAUGGGCAGCCAGGUCAGCCAUCACUCUUACCAAGAUUUGAUGGAUUACAUGGUCAACCAGGUCCUAGAUUUGAAAGAACUGGUCAACCAGGCCCACAGAGAUUUGAUGGACCACCUGGACAGCAGGUUCAACCAAGAUUUGAUGGUGUUCCUCAAAGAUUUGAUGGUCCACAAUACCAGCAAGCAAGGUUUGAUACUCCCCUUGGUCUUCAAGGCGCACGAUUUGACAAUCAUCCUUCACAAAGGCUUGAAUCUGUUUCUUUCGGUCAGACUGGUCCAUAUAAUGAGCCGCCUGGCAAUGCUUUUAAUGCCCCAUCCCAAGGACUGCAAUUCCAAAGACAUGAACAAAUAUUUGAUUCACCUCAAGGACCAAAUUUUAAUGGACCACAUGGCCCUGGGAACCAGAGUUUCUCAAAUCCCCUUAGCAGAGCUUCUGGACACUAUUUUGAUGAAAAGAAUCUUCAAAGUUCUCAAUUUGGAAACUCUGGCAAUUUACCUGCUCCAAUAACAGUAGGAAACAUUCAGGCAUCUCAACAGGUUCUGACUGGUGUUGCUCAACCAGUACCAUUUGGCCAGGGACAACAAUUUUUACCAGUUCACCCACAAAAUCCUGGAGCAUUUGUUCAGAAUCCUUCAGGAGCCCUUCCUAAGGCAUAUCCUGAUAAUCGCCUCAGUCAGGCGAAUGUAAAUGAAUUAUUUUCAAAACUGCUAAGAACAGGAAUUCUCAAAUUGUCCCAGCCUGAUUCAGCUACAACACAAGUAAAUGAAGUUGCUGCUCAGCCUCCCACUGAAGAGGAGGAAGAUCAAAAUGAAGAUCAAGAUGUUCCAGAUCUUACCAAUUUUACAAUUGAAGAGUUAAAACAACAUUAUGAUAGUGUUAUAAAUCGACUGUACACUGGUAUUCAGUGUUACUCUUGUGGAAUGAGGUUUACAACAUCACAGACAGAUGUUUAUGCAGAUCACUUGGACUGGCAUUAUUGGCAAAAUAGAACUGAAAAAGACGUUAGCAGAAAAGUCACUCAUAGACGUUGGUACUACAGUUUAAUAGACUGGAUAGAACUUGAGAAAAUAGCUGAUUUGGAAGAACGUGCAAAGAGCCAGUUUUUUGAAAAGGUGCAUGAUGAAGUUGCGCUCAAAACUCAGGAAGCUGCUAAAGAAAAGGAGUUCCAAAGUGUACCGGCAGGGCCAGCUGGAGCAGUGGAGAGUUGUGAAAUCUGUCAAGAACAAUUUGAACAAAUCUGGGAUGAAGAAGAGGAGGAGUGGCAUUUAAAGAAUGCCAUUAGAGUGGAUGGAAAGAUUUAUCAUCCAUCAUGUUAUGAAGAUUAUCAAAAUACAUCUUCAUUUGAUUGUACACCAUUUCCCAGCAAGACACCAGUUGAAAACCCUUUGAACAUUAUGUUGAACAUUGUCAAAAAUGAAUUGCAGGAACCCUGUGAAAGUCCCAAAGUUAAGGAAGAACAAACCGAUACCCCACCAGCUUGUACAGAGGAGAGCAUAGCAACACCCACUGAAAUUAAAACUGAAAAUGAUACAGUUGAGUCAGUUUAAAUAAAAUGAGAAAGAUAUGUUUUUCUUUUUU